AUGGCCUUCAACCCGCGCAUGUCAAUACUGCCGACGGCGCAGCAGCAGUCGAGGUCACGCAAAAAAGAGGAAGAGGCGGCCUACGCUAGCAUGCGACUGCCCGACCGCGAAAUUGUCGGCUGCAUCAACGAGCUUGGAAUCGCUUUCACCAUCGCCGAUCUCCAGAAGCCGAACCCUAUUCAAAUCCAAAUGAUAUUUGAGUGGCUUGGCGAGCUGCUCAUGAACAAGACGCGACAAACCGUAGACCCGGCCAUGCGUGCGGCGGCCGAGAACGUGUGCGGAGAUUAUGGCGACGCGCUCAUGCCGCCCGACACUCGUAACCUGAUGGGGUUUUUUGUUUCGCUGCGCCGCCUGAUGCUCGACUGCGGUGUCACCGACUUCAACUUUAUGGAUCUGUACAAACCGACCCAUGACCGCCUCGUCAAGAUUUUUAGCUACGUGAUCAACUUUGUGCGCUUCCGCGAGAGCCAAACGAGUGUCAUUGACGAGCAUUCCAACCGCGCAGAGACCACCAAGGCGCGUAUCGAGCAGCUUUACGUCGAGAACCAGAACAUGGAGGCGCAGCUGGACGAGAUGCGCGCCAGCAGGAGACAGAUGGAGCUGCAGGUUGCCGAGAAGACGCGGCGGAACGAGGAGUUAAAAAAACGACUGCUAGAGCUGCAGCGAAACCAAACGAAGGUGGCUGCCCGGUUGGAAGAGGCCAAGGAAAAGAAGAGCGAGCUCGCUGCCGAACUGGAGGAGAAGACGGCAGCCAAGCUGGCGCUCAAGCAGGAUAGCGCCAAGCUGCGACCAUACACCCUACAGAGCCCACAAGCGCUACAGUCGAGUUUGACCGAGUUGAGCAACACCCUCACUGCCGAAAAGACACAAAUCGACUCGCUAGACCGACGAGCACGGGCGCUCCAGACGUCGACCGACUCCUUUGCCGUAGUCACGGCCGAUGUGGCGUCCUGCAUCAAGCUACUGGAGGAGAUUGCGGUAGAGCUGGCCAAGGAGGAGGAGGACAACGCCAAGAACGCGAAGCAGCGGGACGCCCUUACGGAGCGCGGCGCAAGCGUGCGCGAGGUGGAACGGACCGAAGCUCUCCUGCAACGACAGCUAGCCAAAUGGACUGAGCGGACCGAGGCGCUGCGCGCGCAGAGCCAGGAGAAGGCGGAGCGGGCCAAGGAGAAGAUGGAGGAGCUGCGGGCGGUGCACAAGAGGCUGACCGAGGAACGUUCGGAAAAAGGCAAGGAUAUCGAGCGACGAAGAGUCAGGAUUGAGCAGAUUGAGAAGAAGAUGCUCGAUCUCAAAGAAAGCAUUGAGAACGAAGUCCACGCGGCUCAUGACGAGUACCUCAAAUUGGAGGCUCACAUAAAGCUGUACAUCACCGAGAUGGAACAGGCCAUCUGA